AUAAGAAAUGAUCUGAAGUGGCUCAUUUGUAGUGGUGGGGCUGUGGGCACCUCAUUCCGUAUCUUUCCGCAUUGGGCAGAUGAGCAAUGUAGAGUUGGACGAUGAGCUGCUGGACCCGGAAGUGGACCCUCCCCAUCUCUUCCCCAAGGAGAUCCCACACAACGAGAAGCUCCUGUCCCUCAAGUAUGAGAGCUUGGACUAUGACAACAGUGAGAACCAGCUAUUCCUGGAGGAGGAGCGGCGGAUCAACCACACGGCCUUCCGGACAGUGGAGAUCAAGCGCUGGGUCAUCUGCGCCCUCAUCGGGAUCCUCACAGGCCUCGUGGCCUGCUUCAUUGACAUCGUGGUGGAGAACCUGGCGGGCCUGAAGUACAGGCUCAUCAAGGAUAAUAUCGACAAGUUCACAGAGAAGGGCGGCCUGUCCUUCUCCCUUCUGCUCUGGGCCACGCUGAACUCUGCCUUUGUGCUUGUUGGUUCUGUGAUCGUGGCCUUCAUAGAGCCGGUUGCCGCUGGCAGUGGGAUCCCCCAGAUCAAGUGCUUCCUCAACGGGGUCAAGAUCCCCCAUGUGGUGCGGCUCAAGACAUUGGUGAUCAAAGUGUCCGGUGUGAUUCUGUCUGUGGUCGGGGGACUGGCUGUGGGAAAGGAAGGGCCGAUGAUCCACUCGGGCUCUGUGAUCGCAGCUGGGAUCUCCCAGGGCAGGUCAACGUCACUGAAACGAGAUUUCAAGAUCUUUGAGUACUUCCGCAGAGACACAGAGAAGCGGGACUUUGUCUCGGCAGGAGCAGCGGCUGGGGUGUCAGCUGCGUUUGGAGCCCCCGUGGGUGGUGUCCUGUUCAGCUUGGAGGAAGGUGCAUCCUUCUGGAACCAGUUCCUAACAUGGAGGAUCUUCUUUGCUUCCAUGGUCUCCACCUUCACCUUGAACUUCGUCCUGAGCAUCUACCACGGGAACGUGUGGGACCUGUCUAGCCCGGGCCUCAUCAACUUCGGGAGAUUUGACUCAGAGAAAAUGGCUUACACCAUCCAUGAGAUCCCGGUCUUCAUCGCCAUGGGUGUGGUGGGCGGCAUCCUGGGAGCCGUCUUCAACGCCUUGAAUUACUGGCUGACGAUGUUUCGAAUCAGGUACAUCCACCGGCCCUGCCUCCAGGUGAUUGAGGCCAUGCUGGUGGCUGCUGUCACAGCCACGGUCGCUUUUGUGCUGAUCUACUCAUCCCGGGAUUGCCAGCCCCUGCAGGGGAACUCUAUGUCCUACCCACUCCAGCUCUUCUGUGCAGAUGGCGAGUACAACUCCAUGGCUGCAGCCUUCUUCAACACCCCAGAGAAGAGCGUGGUGAGCCUCUUCCAUGACCCACCAGGCUCCUACAACCCCAUGACCCUUGGCCUGUUCACCCUGGUCUACUUCUUCCUGGCCUGCUGGACCUAUGGGCUCACGGUGUCUGCUGGAGUAUUCAUCCCGUCCCUGCUGAUCGGGGCCGCCUGGGGCCGGCUUUUCGGCAUCUCCCUGUCCUACCUCACGGGAGCGGCAAUCUGGGCUGACCCCGGCAAGUAUGCCCUGAUGGGCGCUGCUGCCCAGCUCGGUGGGAUUGUGAGGAUGACCCUGAGCUUAACGGUCAUCAUGAUGGAGGCCACCAGCAACGUCACCUAUGGCUUCCCCAUCAUGCUGGUGCUCAUGACUGCCAAGAUCGUGGGUGAUGUCUUCAUCGAGGGCCUGUACGACAUGCACAUCCAGUUGCAGAGUGUGCCCUUCCUGCACUGGGAGGCCCCAGUCACCUCGCACUCGCUCACUGCCAGGGAGGUGAUGAGCACGCCAGUGACCUGUCUGAGGAGGAGGGAGAAGGUUGGCGUCAUCGUGGACGUCCUCAGCAGCAUGGCGUCCAAUCACAACGGCUUUCCUGUGGUGGAGCACACAGACGACACCCAGCCUGCCAGGUUGCAGGGCCUCAUUCUGCGCUCCCAGCUCAUCGUCCUACUGAAGCACAAGGUGUUUGUGGAGAGGUCCCACAUGGGUCUGGCGCAGCGACGGCUGAGGCUGAAGGACUUUCGUGAUGCCUACCCACGCUUCCCCCCGAUCCAGUCCAUCCACGUGUCCCAGGAUGAGCGCGAGUGCACCAUGGACCUGUCUGAGUUCAUGAACCCCUCCCCCUACACAGUGCCUCAGGAGGCGUCUCUCCCUCGCGUGUUCAAGCUGUUCCGGGCUCUAGGCCUGCGGCACUUGGUGGUGGUGGACAACCGCAAUCAGGUGGUCGGGCUUGUGACUAGGAAGGACCUUGCCAGGUACCGCCUGGGGAAGGGAGGCUUGGAGGAGCUCUCACUGGCCCAGACGUGAGGCCCCAGCCCUGGUCCUGGCGGCAGCGACACCUGCACCCCCAGCCCCUUUGAACUUCCUCCCGGGGUCCCUGGUCUCGGCCAGAGCUUUGCCCUUGGGCCUUGGCAGGAGCAAAUGUUAUCCAGAUGUGGGGCGGCGUGCAAGCAUGACCCUCGUAGUGGGCAGUUGGUUGAUACUCAGCACCUCCCCUGGCCUCAGCCCCUUGGACUUCACAUUCCCCUCCGCUGCCAGAUUCCUUUGACUUUUGGGAUCGAGCGUGUGUGCAGCCGCUUCUCCUUGGCUGCUGGUGCGUCUCUGUGUGUGUGUGCUCUGUGUUCUGCCCCCAGGGAGCACCCGCCCUGAAGGCUGCUGUUCACUGCCAGCCUGAGGCUCGCACACUGUGGGAGCUGGCCCAGCCCCCUCAGCCACAGGUGCCGCCUGUGGCCCCGGGACCUGUGCAGCAGCCCCAGCUGAACCCCCAUGGCGUGGGUUUGAGGGAGCAGGAUAGCUGUGGCGUCUGGAGCAAGCUGCGUCGGGCAGUCUCCUCUGCUCCCAGCUCCACACCUGACUCAGUGUCCCUAGGCCCAGAAGACUGGGGUGACAGGCUCCAUGUCUGGAUCUCGAGAGCUGAGCAUCCAGCCUGGCCCACUGCCGUCACCUUGAGCCUUCUAGAGCUGGGAGUCACUGCACCUGGGUGGAUGCUGGAUGGGGAGGUGGGGACCCCAGUGUGGCUAGUGAUUUCCCUUCUCCUGCCAGUGGCAGCCACAAGGCACAAAUGCAGCUGGAGGUGGCCUCCCACUGGCCCCAGAGAACCCCCGGCCAGAGCUGAGAAGCCUCUGCUGCCCCCCGAGGGCCUGUCAGAGCUUCCUACUGGCCGGGUGGGCUGGAGUUGGUGUCCCUCAGUCACUGCAGUGCUCCCCUCCCAUGGGACAUUUAUAAAGGCAUGUCUGUUACGGUGAUACAGUCCUUCUGUGGUGGGCUAGCAGCUGUAGCCCCUCGAUUGUAUUCCUUUCCAUGAGAGGGGGGCCCCUCUUCAUCCCUCCGUAGGGACACAAGGGAUCUGAGCGUGUUGGAGUCUGAAUGUUAGAAAUAAAGGAAUCCAACCCAGA